AGAAGAGCUGAUGGAAACUAAAGACAGUAAAUAUACCAGAUAGCUUUGCCUGUUUGUUUGAUCUAAUUACUGCUGACAGACACAAAUGGCUUCUGUACGGAAACAACCUGCCCAAACCUAAUGGGAAUACCUCUAGGGACCUCAGAAGUGGCUUAUUUAUUGACUCCAAGCCACGGUCAAACUCAAAUAGAUGUCCUGACAGAGCCAUUGCAUGACUCUGCUUGCAAGGCAGAUGUAUUAAUAUUCCCCCGGACACACACUCCUGCUGUACAGAUGCACGCUAUCCUAACCCUAAUUCAAAAAGAGACGGGGUGUGGAGGUAAGAGCCACGGCCAACUGGAUUGGCCCGAAUCCCACAAGGUCACGGGGCUGGUAUUCAGCAAAGCAGGCAUAUAAAUUUAGCUUCAUGAAAAGCCACGGAUUAUGUCUUGGGACUCUCAGAUUUCGUCUUCGGAGGAGUGGUUGUGAUGGCCACCCCUCAGGUGUUAAGAGGUGGGCGAUAUUUCAGUGACACUGCACUCACUCACACCGUCCUGCUCCGUCGCCCCUCUUCCCCCGGGUGCAUUGCGCUCAACGGAAAGAGCUGGAUUUUGGAUUUACUAUUAAGAACUGAGGCUUGAGGACUUAGGAGAGAUGUGUGGGGUGUGAAAAAGACCUACGGUGUGCAAUAAGUUGGAAGAAGUAUCAUGGAUGCAUUAGCUUUAGAGGCAAAAGGGGCUAAGAGUGAAAGCGCACCAGCUCCUGCACCAGCAUCGGCACCCGCCAAACCCAGACCAAAACCCCCCAAAAAAGCUAAACGAAUUGUUUACUUCGAGGUGGAGAUACUAGACAUCAAAACCCGGGAAAAACUACUGCUUCUGGAUAAGGUAGAGCCAACGGCCACUAUUUUGGACAUUAAGUCUUUGUUUCACAAAUCAAAUCCACACUGGUAUCCUGCCAGACAGUCUUUAUGCCUGGACCCAAGAAAGCCCUUAAGAGAUGAGGAAAUCCUUCAGGAGCUGCCGGUGGGAACCACUGCGACCUUCUACUUCAGAGACUUGGGAGCCCAGAUCGCCUGGGGAACUGUGUUCCUAAUCGAGUGCAUUGGACCACUUGUCAUAUAUCUGCUGUUUUAUUUUCGACUGCCUUUAAUCUACGCUCCCAAGUACGAGUUCACUGCCAGUAAACAUUUGGUCGUGCAUAUCGCCUGUGUGUGUCAUUCCUUCCACUAUGUGAAGCGAAUCUUGGAGACGCUGUUUGUCCAUCGCUUCUCCCAUGGCACCAUGCCAUUUCGCAACAUUUUUAAAAUCUGUUCUUAUUACUGGUGCUCUGCCGCAUGGAUGGCUUAUUACAUCAAUCACCCUCUCUACACACCUCCAUAUUACGGGGAGAAGCAGGUGAAGGCAGCUUUGGGAAUCUUUCUAUUCUGUCAGCUCGGCAGCUUCUCGAUUCACAUGGCUCUGCGUAAUCUCAAACUACCUGGCUGCAAGAUGAAGAAGAUUCCUUAUCCAACCAAAAAUCCUUUCACAUGGAUAUUUGCUCUAGUCUCGUGCCCAAACUACACAUACGAGCUCGGAUCUUGGCUCGGUUUCACGCUCAUGACCCAGUGCGUCCCCGUCUUGCUCUUCACCGUGGUGGGAUUCAUACAGAUGACGGUUUGGGCCAAAGGAAAACAUCGCAGCUACCUGAAGGAGUUCAAAGAAUAUCCCACUCUGCGCUCCCCCAUCCUACCUUUCAUCCUAUAGCAUACAUUUAAAGCAAGUCUUAAUAUAUACCCAAACGAAUGACAUAAUAACUAGUAAACUACGAGACACUCUAAACGUCGUAUUUGUCAAGAAAAGCCAUUCUAUUUUAAUAGUCAUAGAUUGAAAAUGUAUAUCGUAUCGUUCAAAUACAUGAAUAUAAUGAUGCAAAAAUAUGGAAAUAAAAAGAUACCGAAUUAGAACCUAGAAAUAAAGCGAUAUAUAAUAUAUAAAUAAAUCUAUCAUUUAUUUUUCCUUCACUUGAAAAAAGAAAAACUAUUAUUUCUAAGGAUGCAUUUGAAAUUAAGUCUGGUUUCUUGCUAAAAAAAAAAAAAAAAAAAUUUUUUGAAUCACAAUCAACUAUGCUUUCUAUCUGACUGUGGAUGCCAAUAUGAAAGCUUCUCUCGGAGUAAAUGCACUGGCUGUGCUGGAAUCAAAACAUCAGUAACUCGCUCCAUAUCUCUGCUUGGCAGGCUAAAUGCACAACAGAAAAGACUGAUGCCACAAAUGCAGUUUCAGAUUCUGAAACUGGAAUUUAUUUCCUAAAUUUGCAGGUCCAUUUUAAGACUGCUGUAAAACAUCGCUGAACAUCGCACAUUUAAUUGGACAAGAACAAUGUUUAUAUAAUAUUGCGACACCGUAAAUCAUUUCUGACAAAAAAAAAAACAAAACAGUAGGACGAAACACCGGUGAAUAAAAAGCUCCACCGUAGAAAAAAAAAAAA